AUGACAGUUUCUAAAGCAGGGUGGUCUGUGUACAAUUGUCCAUUGCUGAAGAGUUCACAAGCAGUUAAAAUACGUAGACUUGUGGACAAGUGCUCAUCUCCACAGAGGCCAGAAGAUUGGUGCAGAAUACAUGAAUGUUGGACAACAUGUGGCUCAACAAGACGACAGUCUCCCAUUAAUCUAAACACGAGGAAGUCCAAGUCCCGAAAAAACAUAAGAUUUGCUCUUAGGAAUAUCAGUAAAAGAGUGCCCGCCACAACCUUUAAUAACGGUCAUGCACCAGACUUUAACGUCAUUGUGGACAAAUUUGAUAACGAUAACAAUAUCAUCCUUACCCAUGUGCCUGGUCGACCCGCUCACAAGAAGUACAUCUUUGCCCAGCUGCACGUUCAUCUUGGCAGGAAGACGGACAAAGGUUCUGAACACUCGAUUGACAACACGUUUUAUCCUAUGGAGGCCCACAUGGUAUUUUAUGACAGCAUAUUUCCAGAUAUAAAAUUUGCAAAACCCGCAAAGGAUGGAUUGGUGGUCAUCGGGGUUAUGUUACAAGUGAAAAAAGCAAAUGGUGAUGACAAUGAAGAUGAUAGUGAGGGAGAAGAUGAAAGUGACGUGGACACUGACGAUGAUUUUAGUUCAGACUAUGAAAACUAUCAUGUCCGUUUGGAUGACAUUGUACGUGUAUAUUAG